AGUUAAACCCAAGUCCGAUCCAAAACCCAAUCCCUCCAGCGGCACAUCCACCAACGCAUCAAUAAUAUUCCAUGGAUCCCAGCGGGGCCCUCCAAUCGCCGUCCGCCACCUGGCGCCACUGGUCAAUAACACAAGCGGCCGCCCGAGCGCUGACCUGCCGCGCCGCGUGGUCUCAGUAUUUGCUGAGAGGAGUGGUGAGAUUUGGGAAGCUGCGGCUCGACAUUGCGUCCUGUGCUUUGCUUGCCGCGUCGUGGAUCGUCGUCGCAUGCGGAGCCAGCCAAGCUGGACACGGUGACGGAGAUAGAGGCCGACAUGGACGGCGUGCUCCAGCGAUUCGACGUCGACCUCCUCCUCGACGGCCACGGCCACGGCGACGACAGCUUAUGUGGGAGCGAGCGGAGGAGCGCGAGCGGCGGCGGCGCGCAGGACAAGGCGGGCAUCGACGGCGCGGUGAAGGAGCGGAUCGCGCGGGCGCUGAGGAUCUACAAGGACGCGGCGGGGCUCGACGGCGGGGCGCUGGUGCAGGUGUGGGCGCCGGCGCGGGACGGGGGCCGGCGCGUGCUGGCCACCCGGGGCCAGCCCUUCGUGCUGCCGCCGCCGCGGUGCCACCGCCUGUUCCAGUACCGGACGGUGUCGCUCGCGCACGCCUUCCCCGUCGGCGGCGCUGCCGUGCCCGGGGAGCGGGGCCUGCCGGGGCGGGUGUUCGACGCCGGGGAGCCCGAGUGGACGCCCAACGUGCAGUACUACGGCACCGGCGAGUACGCGCGCAUCAGCUACGCGCUCAUCUACGACAUCCAGGCCGCGCUCGCGCUGCCCAUCCUUGACCCCGCCACGGGGGCUUGCCUCGCCGUGCUCGAGCUCGUCACCACCUCGCCCAGGCUCCACUUCGCCGCCGACGUCGACAGGCUCUCCGAGGCGCUUCAGGCUGUGGCGUUGAGGGGCUCCGAGAUCUGCCGCCGCCCAGCACCCGAGGCAUGCAACGACGAUGGGGCGGCGGCUCAGGUGGCCAUGUCGGAGGUUGCAGACAUCUUGAACCAAGUAGGCGAGGCUCACAAGCUGCCACUAGCGCAGGCCUGGACCAGGUGCAGGCGCUGCAGCACCGACACGGAGCACGCCUCCCUGACGGCUGCCGGCGCACCGUUCUACCUCACCGGCGCGGACCCAAACCCAAACCUGCUCGGCUUCCACGAGGCCUGCGUGGAGCACCACCUGCGGCUACGGUCCGGCCGGGGCGGGCUCGUGGAGGAAGCGGCCGCGGCGCGGCGGCCCCUCUUCUGCGCCGACGUCACCAAGUACUCCAUGGACGCGUACCCGCUGGCGCACCACGCGCGGUUCUGCGAACUGUCCGGCUGCCUCGCCGUGUGCGCGCGGCUGCGCCGCGGCGGCGACGAGUCCAUGGACACGGACGGCGGCGGCGGCGCCGGCUGGGACGAGUGCGUGCUGGAGUUCUUCCUCCCGCCGGACUGCAGGGACGGCGCGGCGCAGAAGGCGGCAGCGGGCGCCGUCGCGGCUACCAUCAUGGAGCGGUCUGGCGGUGGCGGUCUGAAGGCGGUCGUGAUAAGUGGGUUGCAGGAUUUGGUGUUUGACAUCGCCGCAGAUGGCGAGUGCGUGCUUCGGCCUGAUCCUGUGGCCAUGGCUGAUGAUGUUCCUCAGCUUGAGCUGAACGGUCAUGGAGGAGACGAGUGGGACUCGGAUGAGGAGGGUCUGCAUCUGGUGGUAGCUAUGGGUACCACCACUACAGACAUUGAAGCAUCCAAGAUGCACCAUGACGAACACCAUGGUGGCGAGGAUCCGAGAUCACAAGUUGGCAAGAAGGCGGCGAAAAGGAAAGGCGAGAAAACUGUCAGUUUGGAGGAACUGCAGCGCUACUUCUCUGGAAGCCUGAAAGAUGCGGCCAAGAGUCUCGGUGUUUGUCCGACAACGAUGAAGCGCAUCUGCAGGCAGCACGGCAUCUCCAGGUGGCCGUUCCGCAAGCUCGCCAAGGCGAACCGCUCCCUGGACAAGAUCAAGCGCGUCUUCGAGUCGGUGCAAGGCUCAUCACAGGCCAUGGCCGCCGCUCCUGCUCCUCCACCUGCCGCCGCCGCUGCUUCCUAUUCUCAGCAAGCUCCAGCCGUGGCCGCUGCUCCCCGCGCACCUGCUUUAUCACCAUGCCUAUCGAGUGCUCCGAGAGUGGCCUCCUCCCAAGCCUCAUGCCAAGCGCCGCCGCCGCCUCUGAAGGAGGCCGCAUGGCACAAGCCUUUGCGCGGCGGGGACGCCAGCGUGGUCACUGUCAAGGCGAGCUACAGAGGGGACAUCGUCAGGUUCAGGGUGCCGAGCUCCGCAGGCGUCGCGACGGUGAAGGGGGAGGUGGCCAUGAGGCUGGGGCUGGCGCCCGGCGAGUUCGACGUCAAGUACCUGGACGAUGACAACGAGUGGGUGCUCUUGUCUUGCGACGCCGACUUCCAGGAGUGCCUCGACGUCAUCCCGGCGUUGUCAGGCGCGUCAGCGUCGUCUGGCUCCGGGACGGCUCAGCCGGUGGUCAGGCUAAUGGUGCACGAGGUAGCUGAGGUCCAUGGGAGCUCCUGUGGCAGCUCAGAUUAGUCACAGGAAAUAGAGCUGCAGAGCUCAACCGAUGUUUGGUACAACCAUCUGUAGAAGCUUUCACUACUGGCAUGUGUCUGUCUCUAGUUUCUCUACAUGUAUCCAUGUCCAAAAACUGAAGUCAUAAAUACUUACAAAUAGAAAUAGGAGCAUCUCACACUUUUUGUUGUCUCAGACAGUACAGAUCUGGUCUAGUCUAGGGCACAGAAAAGAACAAAUCAUUGUGAUCUAGCACUGGUAUUCGCUCCAUUUUUAAGUAUAUGACGUUCAGGAUAGGUUAAUUUAUUCGUCA